GUACCAAACCAAAGAUGUCCUCGACAAGAAAGAUUCUACUCAUCCUGGGAUUCCUCUCUACUUUGGCUGUAAUUGCUUUAAUUGCUGUAGCAGUGACCCAAAACAAGCCACUUCCGAAGAAUAUUAAGUAUGGAAUUGUGCUGGAUGCGGGGUCGUCCCACACUAACCUGUACGUGUAUGAGUGGCCAGCAGAGAAGGAGAACGAUACUGGGGUGGUGCAGCAGGUGGAGGUGUGUAAAGUCGAAGGCCCUGGGAUCUCAGGUUACUCCCAUGCCACGGAGAAGGCAGGUCCCUCUCUGGCACAGUGCCUACAACAAGCAGAAGAGGUGAUUCCCUCAAAGCAGCACCAAGAGACACCUGUCUACCUCGGAGCAACCGCCGGCAUGCGACUUCUCAGCUUGGAGAAUAAAAGCGCAGCUGCCAAAGUUUUGUCCUCAGUAGAGAAGACGCUACGCUCAGCUCCCUUCAACUUCCAGGGUGCCAGAAUCAUCAGCGGUCAGGAAGAAGGAGCGUAUGGAUGGAUCACCAUUAACUACCUGCUGGGCAAUUUCAAGCAGUCUGGCUGGACAAAACUUCUACAUUCCCUAAAAUCCAUAAGUGAGACAUCAGGAGCAUUAGACCUUGGAGGAGCCUCAACACAGAUUACCUUUGUACCAGAUAAAUUCUCUUCUGAGUCCCCAGAGAACAUGCUCUACUUCCGUCUCUAUGGCAAGGAUUACCUAGUGUACACGCACAGCUUCCUCUGCUAUGGGAAGGACCAGGCUCUGCAACAGAAACUGGCCAGGGACCUACAGACCAUGAAGAACAGCAGCCUCCUUGAUCCAUGCUUUCACCAGGGGUAUCAGAGGACUAUAAAUACAAGUGACUUCUUAAAAAACCCUUGUACAUCAGCCAAGAAAAAGCAGUUGCCUUUCAGCCAACUGUACAUACAGGGAGAGGGGGAUUAUCAAAAGUGCCGAAGAAACAUCCAGAAACUCUUUAACAAAAACAAUUGUCCUUACUCCAGUUGCUCCUUCAAUGAGAUAUACCUACCUCCAUUACAAGGGGAUUUUGGGGCUUUUUCUGCAUUCUACUUUGUGAUGAACUUUUUGAACCUGACCAGUGAUCAAAGCCCCAUUGCCCUGGACAAAGUGGCCAGCACCAUUGAGAGCUUCUGCGCCCGGCCUUGGCAUGAGGUGAAGGCAGCGUAUCACCAAAUAAAAGAAAAGUACCUGAGUGAAUAUUGCUUCUCUGGAGCCUACAUCCUCUCUCUCCUGGAAAAUGGCUACGAAUUCACUGAAAAGAACUGGCAAAGCAUCCACUUCCUUGGAAAGAUCGGCAGCAGCGAUGCGGGCUGGACCCUGGGCUACAUGCUGAACCUGACCAACAUGAUCCCCGCAGAGGAGCGCGCUAUGCCCCCUCUUUCCUACAGUAGCUACGUGGGUCUGAUGGUGCUGUGCUCCCUCGUGCUGGUGUCUGUGCUCCUGUUUGCCUGGCUUCUCUUCCACAAGCCCAAGUGCCUGCAGAAGGGAAUUGUUUAGAAAGAGCCUUGGGAGGAAAGGGGCCAUGUCGCCCUGGUCCUCAGGGCUAGGAGAACCCAGCAGAGCAGGCUGUACUGCAGAGCCCCUCUUGCCUCCCACUGAAGCUACUGACUGUGUGCGACAAGGGCAUUUAUUCCUUCUGACUCACACUUGCACUGACAGACGUUGGGACAUCAGGCUUGCCACCUCUCUCUGCCAAGGACAGACAAGCGGGUGUCCCCUCCUUGAAUGGGUCGUACUUUCAUUCAGUGAAACUUUGCUGCUUGUUGAGUUUUGCCUUGUACACAGCAUUAUAAAGAGAAAAGCAGCAGCAAACUUUGGGAGCCAGUGCUCCUGCAAGGGUAAUCUCAGGGUCACACAUCCCACUGAGCUCUUGGGAGCGAUCACACACAGGGUGAAGCUGCCCCUCCUCUGCCGAAGCCGUUCCUGAGAGCCCUUCCCACACCAGCACAUCUCCGCUCGCCUCCCUGUGCCCUGAGCCCUCGCAGCCAUACAGCCGGGUACAGCCACCCGCACCUGGCUGACCCUGAAUGCUGGCCAGGUUCCCAAAUGCCACUCUGGGAAAAGAAGGGAUGAGGAUGAAAAGACUGAGUGUGCUGGUGGUCAUCAGCCCUUAGCUGGGCUCUGGUGGCUGUCUGCUCCUUUCACAGGUGGCAAGAAGCCUCUUUCCCACGUCUUCCUGAUGUUGUUGCUGGACCAAAGCUGGCUCACUGUUACACUGAGCCAUUCCUAUGUCCCUAGGGUACAUCAAGACACAAGUUCCCAGCCUGGCAUUGCU